AUGGAGGAAAGAAGAGUUUUUUACUCCAUAAUGCUCAACUUCUUUGUUCAUGUUCUGUUGAUCUUCCCUGGCCUUGUUCAAAGCUUUGGGAAGGACCAGGCUGGUUCACUAAUGUCCUUUCGCCGGGCGAAGAGGGUCGCCCGGAACACUAUUAAAGAUAUGGACUUGACAUUUGAGACAUUAAUGAGCUUGGAAGAUGGAACAAAAACAACAUUUUUUGAUGGUGGAAAGAUGGAAGAUGACCUGAUCAGGAAUGGCCUUCCUGGGCAACCAGCUGGGGUGACAUUUAAGCAGUAUGCCGGAUAUGUUGACGUUGACAAAGCCAGUGGAAGAAGCCUUUUCUACUAUUUUGCUGAGGCAGCUGAGGAUCCACAUGCCAAGCCUCUUCUUCUCUGGCUAAAUGGAGGGCCUGGUUGUUCAUCACUGGGUUAUGGCGCCAUGAUCGAAUUAGGACCUUUUGGUGUUAACCCUGAUGGAAAAACUCUCUACUUGAGAGAAUAUGCAUGGAACAGAGCUGCAAACACACUCUUCCUGGAGUCUCCAGCUGGUGUUGGUUUUUCUUACUCUAAUACUACUUCCGACUACAAAAUUGCAGGGGAUAAAAGAACGGCUGAAGAUGCAUAUACCUUUUUGGUUAAUUGGUUUAAAAGAUUCCCCCAUUAUAAGGCUCGUGAUUUCUACAUCAUGGGAGAAAGCUAUGCAGGUCAUUAUGUUCCUCAGCUUGCAGACAUCAUCAUCAAAAAGAAUGCAAUGGUGGGAUCAGCAACAAAGAUCCAGCUGAAAGGAAUCAUGAUAGGGAAUGGGGUGCUGAAUGAUGAAAUAGAUGCAAAGGGAACAUAUGAUUUCCUAUGGACCCAUGCCCUCAUUUCUGAUGAAAUGUAUCAGAGGCUUAGAGAUACUUGUAUGGUGGAAACCAAAGUUUGUGAACAAGUUGAAGAUGCAGGGAAGCUAGAAUUUGGAGACAUUGACAUGUCAAAUAUAUAUGGUCCUUUGUGUUCACCCUCUGAUACUGAAGCAUUGCAUGCCAAUCAAACCAAUUUGCCUCCUUCUUGGCAACUCUGCAGUGACAUAAUCAACGAUUGGCAGGACAGCCCUUCAUCAAUGUUUCCUGUAUAUAAGCGGCUUGCCGCAUCAGGUCUUCGAAUACUGCAAUUCAGUGGAGAUGUGGAUGUCAUAGUUUCGGUAACUAGCACUCGCUAUUCUAUCGAAGCUAUGAAAAUGAAAGUGAUCAAACCAUGGCGUCCGUGGCUCGAUGAGUCCUAUGAUGUUGCGGGAUACGAGGUGACAUAUGAUGGCCUAACGUUUGCAACAGUUCGAGAAGCUGGUCACCAAGUUCCUGAAUAUCAACCGCGCCGAGCUUUAGCUUUGUUGAAUAGACAUCUCCGUACACGUAGUUCGAAAAUGUUGGUUAAUUUCGCGACGGAAGAGGAUGUCGACUACAAUGUUGGAGAUUCGUCGCCGGUUUGUGUGGGUUCUCCACAAGGGUCGAAGGCGGCAGAUAAAAUCACCGCCUUGCCGGGGCAACCAAAUGGAAUCAAAUUUGAUCAGUACUCCGGGUAUGUUACCGUGGAUCCAAAUGCGGAUCGAGCACUUUUCUACUGGUUUGUUGAAUCCCACAAUUCUUCUUCCAAGAAGCCUCUCGUGCUUUGGCUUAAUGGAGGUCCUGGUUGCUCUUCACUUGGGGCCGGAGCGCUUACUGAACUUGGUCCUUUUCGAGUCAAUAGCGAUGGAAAAACACUCUGGCAAAAUCCAUAUGCUUGGAACAAUGUUGCCAAUGUGCUUUUCCUGGAAUCUCCGGCGGGUGUUGGGUUUUCUUAUUCAAACACUACAUCGGGUUACGUCGUCGGCGAUAAACGAACUGCCGAAGAUUCUUACACAUUUCUAGUCAAUUGGUUAGAAAGGUUUCCAGAAUACAAAGCCAGGGAUUUUUUCAUAGCCGGAGAAAGCUAUGCCGGACAUUACGUACCUCAACUUGCACAAUACAUCCUCAAAAAGAACAAAAUCACUAAUCACAUUGUUGUCAACCUCAAAGGGAUUGCUGUAAAUGAAUGUGCACAAUACCGGAAUGAAGCCUAUGCAGCUCAAGGCAACAUUGACCCUUACAACAUCUAUGCUCCCAUUUGUUUGUCAUCUUCUUCUAAUUCCUCUCUUUCUUCACAACGUCCACCUUCGGUGUCCCAAUUUGAUCCAUGCAUUAGUAACUACGUCCAUGCUUACCUAAACACUCCCGAAGUGCAACAAUCAUUCCAUGCAAAUAUCACCGGAUCACUUCCUGGAACCUGGGAGAUUUGCAACUACUUCAUGAAUGAAAACUGGCAGGACGAGCCAAAAUCAGUGCUACCAGUCAUCAAGAAACUGAUUAGAAGCGGAGUCAGUGUUUGGUUGUAUUGCCCAUCCCCAGAGGGACGAUUGAACCUAGGACUAGCUCAAAGAUCGAGCUCGGCUCGAAAACUCGAAAUCAAUUUGAAAGUUUGUCUUUUUGUUGCAUCCGUACAAUGUUAUGUCGGAGUUGGCAACGAUCCUCUUACAGAACAUCUCCGUUCUCGUAGCUCCAAAGAAUCAUUCAAUUUUCUAACAGAAGAGGAUUUGGACAACAACGUCAGGUACUCGCCGGUUUAUGUUGGUUCUCAAGAUGGAUUAAAGGCAGCUGAUCAGAUCACCGCCUUGCCGGGCCAACCAGAUGGACUUAGUUUCAACCAAUACGCCGGAUAUGUGACCGUUGAUCCGAACGCCGGACGAGCCUUGUUUUACUAUUUUGCUGAAUCGGAAAACUCUUCUUCCAAGCCAUUAGUCCUUUGGCUAAAUGGAGGUCCAGGUUGCUCCUCACUUGGGGCUGGAGCGUUUGCCGAACUUGGUCCUUUUCGAGUUAAUAGCGAUGGUAAAACACUCUGGCAAAAUCCGUAUGCUUGGAACACUGCUGCCAAUGUACUAUUCCUCGAAUCUCCGGCGGGUGUUGGAUUUUCAUACUCAAACACUUCAUCAGAUUAUGUCACCGGUGAUAAAAGAACAGCCGCAGAUUCCUAUACAUUUCUAAUCAACUGGUUAGAAAGAUUUCCAGAGUACAAAACCAGGGAAUUCUUCUUAACCGGAGAGAGUUAUGCCGGCCACUACGUACCUCAACUUGCUCAACUCAUCCUUCAAAACAACAAAAUCAUGACUAACCAAACUGUCAUCAAUCUCAAAGGGAUUGCUAUUGGAAAUGCGUAUGUGGACGUUGAAACACAAAACCGUGGGGUGAUUGAUUACAUUUUGUCUCAUGCUCUAAUCUCAGAUGAGAUCUAUCAGGGCAUAAUUUCAAACUGCAAUUUUUCCUUUCUAAAUCCUUCAUCAGAUGCCUGUAAACAAUACCAGGAUCAAGCAACUGCAGCUGAAGGCGACAUUAACCCUUACAACAUUUAUGCUCCCUUAUGUCUUUCUCCUUCACGUCCACCUCCGAGAUCUGAAUUCGAUCCAUGCACCGGUUACUACAUCGAUUCUUACCUAAACACUCCUGAGGUCCAACAAUCCCUCCAUGCCAAUAUCACUGGACUCCCUGGACCUUGGGGUGGUUGCAACGAUUCCAUAAGAAACCACUGGCAGGAUGAACCGGAUUCAGUUUUGCCAGUAAUCAAGGAGUUGACUACAAGUGGAAUUAGUGUUUGGAUGUAUAGUGGAGAUGUAGACAGUGUAGUUCCGGUGACAACAACUAGAUAUGCCAUAACUAAGAUGGGUUUCUCCGUCAAAACUCCUUGGUAUCCAUGGUAUACCCAAGACGAGGUUGGUGGUUAUGCAGUUGGAUAUGACCAAAAUUUCACCUUUGUGACUUCUUACGCCGGGAUUGGCAAUGAUCCUCUUACUAAACACCUCCGUUCUCGCCGCCCGAAAACGGCAUCAUGGGUCCAUUCCCCGAAUGAAGAGGGUUUUAAGUACGACGGAUACUCACCGGUUUAUGUCGGAUCUCAAGAGGGUUUGAAAGCGGCUGAUAAGAUCAGUGCAUUGCCAGGACAACCGGACGGAGUUGCUUUCGGUCAAUACGCGGGAUAUGUGACGGUGGAUCCAGAAGCCGGACGAGCUCUCUUUUACUAUUUUGCCGAAUCGGAAAACUCUUCUUCGAAGCCAUUAGUCCUUUGGCUCAAUGGAGGUCCUGGUUGCUCAUCACUCGGGGCCGGAGCCUUUAAAGAAAUUGGUCCAUUUCGAGUAAACAGUGACGGAAAAACUCUAUGGCGGAAUCCACAUGCCUGGAACACCGCUGCCAAUGUAAUAUUCCUGGAGUCUCCGGCGGGUGUUGGAUUUUCUUAUUCAAACACUUCAACAGAUUACGUCACCGGAGACAAACAAACUGCGGCGGAUUCCUACACAUUUCUAGUCAAUUGGUGGGAAAGAUUCCCGGAGUACAAAACCAGGGAUUUCUUCAUAACAGGAGAGAGUUACGCUGGCCACUACGUUCCUCAACUUGCUCAACUCAUCCUUAAAAACAACAAAAUCACUAACCAAACCGUCAUCAACCUCAAAGGGAUUGCUAUUGGAAAUGCGUAUAUAGACCUUGAAACGCAAAACCGGGGCCUGAAUGAUUUCAGUUGGUCUCAUGGGCUGAUUCCAGAUGAAAUCUAUCAGGGCAUAAUUUCCAACUGCAAUUUCUCAAUGGCAACUCCUUCAUCUGAGGCUUGUAAACAAUACCAGGAAAAAGCAACUGCAGCAGCUGGCCAUAUUAACGAGUAUAAUAUCUAUGCUCCUUUGUGUUCAUCUCCAUCACAGACUCCACCUUCGAUAUCCGAAUUCGAUCCGUGCUCUGAUGACUACAUUGAAUCUUACCUAAACACUCCCAAUGUGCAACAAUCACUCCACGCAAAUACCACCGGUGGACUCCCUGGACCUUGGGGUGAAUGCAGCAACUUCGUUCAUGGGAAUUGGGAGGAUGAGCCAGACUCAGUGCUUGAUGUCAUCAAGGAGCUGACUACUACUGGUAUUAGUGUCUGGAUUUAUAGUGGAGAUACCGAUUGUAAUGUGCCUGUGACAACAACUAGGUACGCCAUAACUAAGAUGGGGUUCUCCGUCAAAACGCCUUGGUUUCCAUGGUAUCACCAAAACGAGGUUGGUGGUUAUACGGUUUGGUAUGAGAAUUUUACCUUCGUAACUGUAAGAGGGUCUGGACAUUUCGUUCCUAGUUACCAGCCAGCUCGAGCACUUACUAUGUUCACUUCAUUUUUAGAGGGAAAGCUUCCUCCAUCCACCAAGAUGACACCCACACUUGCAUCUGUUCUUGCAAAGGAGGAUUUUGACAACGUCGAGUAUUCGCCGGUUUAUACGGGCUCUCAAGAUGGACUGAAGGAAGCUGAUCGGAUCACUGAAUUGCCAGGGCAACCUAAUGAAAUUACUUUUAAUCAGUACGCUGGAUAUGUGACCGUAAAUCCAAUUGCUGGUCGGGCUUUAUUCUACUAUUUUACUGAAUGUGAUGAUAACCCUUCUAGCAAACCUCUUGUUCUUUGGCUAAAUGGAGGACCCGGUUGCUCUUCUAUUGGAAGUGGAGCAUUGGAAGAACUUGGACCAUUUCGAGUCAGUAAAGAUGGAAAGACCCUGUGGCAGAAUCCUUAUGCCUGGAACAAAGUGGCAAAUGUGAUUUUCUUGGAGUCGCCGGCUGGCGUUGGAUUUUCCUACUCGAAUAGGUCGUUGUCGGAUUAUGUUACCGGUGAUGAAGAAACAGCAGCAGAUUCCUACACCUUUCUUGUUAACUGGUUGGAAAGAUUCCCGGAAUACAAAUCCAGGGACUUCUUCAUUACAGGAGAAAGUUAUGCUGGUCAUUAUGUUCCUCAGCUUGCUCAACUAAUCCUCCAACACAACAAUAAAACUAACCAGUCCGCGAUCAACCUGAGAGGAAUUGCGAUCGGAAAUGCUCUGUUGGACAUUGAAACACAAAAUCAGGGGACGCUGGAUUUCAUGUGGACGCACGCACUCAUCUCUGAUGAAAUUCAUCAGUCCACAGUUUCAAACUGCAAUUUUUCCUUAGCCGAUCCAUUAUCAGAGGACUGUCAAACAGUCUUUGAAAUACUAUAUCGUGCUCAAGGAAAUAUUUUCCCUUACAACAUAUAUGCUCCCUUGUGCAAUUCCUCUGCUUAUUUUUCAACACCUCCUAAUCAAUCUAUACAUGAAUUCGAUCCAUGCUCUGACGAUUAUGUUGCAGCUUAUCUAAACAUUCCGGAAGUACAGCAAUCACUUCAUGCAAAUACUACUCAACUCCCUGGACCUUGGAUUACAUGCAGUGACUUUGUGGGAAACAAUUGGAAAGAUGCACCAGACACAGUUUUACCUGUCAUCAAAGAGCUCAUGUCCAGCGGUCUUCGUGUUUGGAUUUUUAGUGGAGAUACAGAUAGCGUAGUCCCGGUAACAUCAACAAGAUAUGCCUUAAGCAAGAUGAACUUGUCUAUCGGAAUUCCCUGGUACCCUUGGUACACUCAAGGAGAGGUAGGGGGUUAUGCGGUAGGAUAUGAAAACUUAACAUUUGUGACAGUGAGGGGAGCUGGACAUUUUGUCCCAAGUUAUCAGCCAGCUCGGGCAUUUACUUUAUUUUCAUCCUUCUUGGAUGGAAAUCUUCCACCUUACCUGAGCUAG